AUGAAUGACCCUGGUGGUCUGGUGACCAGCACCACCCAAACGGUGCACCAAUUCGUCACCCAAAACUAUGCCUUCCUGUGGGUGGCUCUGUUCGUGGUGGUGGUACUGGUAAUCGCCUGGCCACACGUGCGGCAGGCCCUCAUCGACUACCGCAACCAAAUUGUGUACCCGGCACCUCGCAUCCCUGAGGCCGAUAAUGAAGAGGGGCUGCGUUUGGCCCGGUUGGCGCAGCAGGAGCGGUUGAAGGAGGCCUCCAAGGAGGCCAAAGAACAGGAGAAGCUCAAGCCCAAGAAGAAGCCCCAAAAGCUUCGCCCCAACACGGACGACUAUCCACUGUCGCCGUGGUCGAGCAGCAGCGGUGGCGGUGGCGGAGGUCGCAACGUUCGCUUCUUCAAGGCCCCGGCCUGCAACACCGGCGGAUGA